CUCUCUCUCUCUCUCUCUCUCUCUCACACACACACACACACACACACACACGCACACACACACUGAUCCGCGCGCUGCUUUAUAAACUGACCGACGCGCGCUCCGCCAUUACAGGAACGGGGGCUCGAGGAUGAGGAUGAUGGUGAGGAUGGUGAGGAUGAUGAAGACGGUGAGGAUGAACACACUGGCGGUUUUUCUUUUCAUCUCCAUCACAACUGCACUUUUACACCAAACACAGGCCUUUCCUACACCCCCUGCAUCACAAGAUAAAGCAGAGUUCGACAGGCAGCUAACAGAGGAGAGACCACUACAGCAACAGAUCGCAGAAGCCGACAGUGAAAGUAAGACAGAGCCGAAACCCACGCAGCCGUCCGAGUUCAGUCCAGACGACGAUGACAUCACGCUGCUGAAGUCUCUGGCCGAGAGAUCCAGAGAGCUGAACAACGAAACGCCGAAAUCAGACUCGACAGGCGAUCAUCACACGCACGAGGACACCGAUUCCACCAAGAACCGGAGGCUGGCAGACGACUACGACACCACCAAGAACGGCAUCGACAGCAAGUACCAAGGAGAUCCGGAGAGCCUGCACCAGCUGGAUGGAACUCCGCUCACGGCCGAGGACAUUGUCCAGAAAAUCGCCAACAAAAUCUACGAAGAGGACGACCGCGGAGUCUUCGACAGAAUCGUCUCCAAACUCCUCAAACUCGGACUGAUCACACACAGUCAGGCCGACACUCUGGAGGUUGAAGUUGCUGAAGCUCUGCAGGAUCUGAUCACCAAAAACGCCAAGAACAAUGAGAUCCAGGAGCUGAAUGACAACAACAAGGAUGAGGAGGAUAGUCCCAGUCGUCGGUUUGAUGAUGGUGGUGAUGAUGGUGAUGGUGGAGAUGAUGAUGAUGAUGUUAAUGAUGGCGGUGAUGAUGAUGAUGACGAUGAUGAUGAUGUUGGUGAUGAAGAGCAGGAGGAGGAGAUCAGAGACGCUGAUGGAAACUGGGAUGGAGUGGGUGAAGGAAACGACAGGAAUGAAGUGAACCCUGAGGAUGAACUGCAGGACCUGCAGUAUUUCCCCAACUUCUACAGACUGCUCAGGAGCCUGGACUCAGAGCAAGACGCUGAAGAAAGAGAGACUCUCAUCACCAUCAUGAAGACCCUCAUUGACUUUGUUAAGAUGAUGGUGAAAUACGGCACCAUCACACCUGAGGAGGGCGUGUCCUACCUGGAAAAUCUGGACAACAUGAUCGCCACGCAAACCAAGAACAAGCUCGGGAAAGCGCUGGGUCCCCUCAGCAUCACGCCCCCUACAGCGGCCGACGAGGACGACAACACGAAAGAGGAAACCGCCAAAAUGUUGAGGGAAUAUGAGAACCUGAAGGACUCAACCAAGGACGAGAGAAUGCCGGCGGAGAACGGAAAGUCGGAGUCGUAUCUGGAGGCGAUCAGGAAGAACAUCGAGUGGCUCAAAAAACACAAUAAGGACGAGAACAAAGAAGAUUACGAUCUGUCCAAGCUGAGGGACUUCAUGGACCAGCAGGUGGACACGUACAUCGAGAAGGGGAUCCUGAAGAAGGACGAAGGCGACGUCAUCAAGAGGAUCUACGGGAGCCUGUAGGGCGCGGCGUAUUUAUUGCGUAAUCAUUUACAGUAAUAAUUUAUUCAACGAAAUUAGUCUUACGACAUACGGUAGCUUUCCAAAUUAAACAAACAGACAAACAAAAGAUAGACGUUUUAUUAACGGUAAACGAAUAUAUCAAAAACGCAAUACACACUAAACGCAAAAUAAUUAGCAAUAGCAGAUUAGGCCUGUAAGGAUGAAAUACGCGUACGAUACAAUAAUCCGAAGUGUAAGAUAUUUAGACCUUAAGAAGCGACUCUUUCUUUCAGACCGACUUUUACACGCUUUAGCUUUCUACACGCUCUUCUUUUACCCUGUGCUCUUUCUUUUCUUUUCGUGACAUCAUGUGGCGGCUUUGAUGUUCUUUAUUUCACGGCCUGCGUUUUCCUGGUUUAAUAACGAAAGACGCGUUCCGAUAGAUUGACGAUAAGGGGAAACGUUACGAAGAUUAGCUCGCUACAGUAGUUAAACACGCUAACGUUAGCAAGGACACGCCUUCUAUAUAACGCUAUUUCUCGGUAACUCAGUUUUACACAUAUCUACAGGAACAUGUUAGCUAUGAAGCUAGCUAGCUAGUUUACCGUCCUAUCAACCAUACAAUCCCUAACAAAUACGCUUAAUAAUAUUGAGCUAACACUUCACUGGUUUUUUUCUUGCUCAUUUAAGCUUGAUAAGCUUUAGCUUGAUAGCUAACACGUUACCAUAGAAACCUGUAAAAAUUUACCUUAAGAAUAAAGAAUGUGUCACAUAGAAGUAUUUUACCAACAUAUGAACGUACCUCAAGCUAAAACUACCAGGUGUUUUGCUAACGCUAGCUGCUUACCUAGCUAGCUUCGUGGCUUGAAAUUUUAAUUAUUUACCAAGCUUCAUGUACUGUAACGUGGAACUUUAUGAUGAUUCUCAACUCAAACUUAAACCAGAUAAAGUAAGAUCACUAACGUUAGCUGACUUUGCUAGCUAGGUAACUAACUGCUAGUAAGCUGGGAUUUUUUUGGCAUCUCUAUCUACGUCGUUUUCUUUCGGACUUAUUUAUCAGCAUCCGUUCCUGUUAAAAUAUAACGUUACCAUGACGACAACGCCAGUGUUCAUCGUUAACAUUAGCUCAGUUUGCUAGCUGACUAGCUUUGCACACAGCUACCAUGUAGUCAUCCUGAUAGAACACUAAGCUAGACGACACCACCAGGGUGCGCUGAGGUGCCGUUUUACAGCAUGUAAAAACACCACAAAGCUUCGAUUUUGUUUUUUUUGUAACGACUCGUACUCCAGGAAAUACUCCAGGUACUCUGUAUUAGCAUUACUAGCGUUUUAUCUGCGUCUGAUUUCAGUCCGAGUUUAACAGACUAACUACGAUCAUUUCCAGACUUUCUCUCAGACUCUGUUCCAGGUUUUUGAUUUUCUGUCUCCUGCUUGUGGAAUCUCUGACCUAGUCUAACCCAAUCGAGUAUUUUACAAUGUAAAUAUUGCGAUUUCUUCUUCUGUUUUUGUUUUUUUCCAGAAUUGCGAAUAAAGGUUGCAUUUCUUUAACGGUG